UGACGCAUGCGUGGUAGAUGUCAAGACGAAUCGAAAACAAUUCCAUAAAACGUUACUCAUUAUAAGUUAUUACGUGGCUCUUGGUCCUUUUGCCUCGGCAGUUUUUGGUUUAAGGUUUGGUUUAAGGUUAUAAACACAGAGAGAAAACAUGGCACUAGAUAGACUGAAGAAAGAAGAAACUCUCGCAAUGAGGAUGAGAUUAAUCGGGCAAUCAUGUAAACUCUUUUAUUCAGACGACCCUGUGAAAAUACUAAGAGCAAGAGGACAAUAUUUAUUCGAUGAAAAUGGCGAGCGCUACCUGGACUGUAUCAGCAAUGUCCAUCACGUGGGCCAUUGUCACCCUAGCAUUACCAAGGCUGCAGCAGCACAAAUGGACCUCCUGAACACUAAUACACGAUUCUUGCACGACAACAUAGUCCUGUAUGCAGACCGCCUGGCUGCCACCCUGCCUGAGAAACUGUGUGUCUUCUACUUUGUUAACUCCGGUUCAGAGGCCAAUGAUCUUGCCCUGCGCUUGGCACAGCAGUACACCCAACAGGAGGACGUCAUUGUGCUCGACCAUGCAUACCAUGGGCACCUUAUGUCCCUCAUCGACAUCAGUCCUUACAAGUUCCGGAAACUGGCAGGACAGAAAGAAUGGGUUCAUGUGGCACCCUUACCAGACACCUACAGAGGGAUAUACAGAGAGAAUCACCCCAACCCGGGCCAAGCAUAUGCGGAUACCGUGAAAGACCUAAUAGAGGAGGUGCACAGGAAAGGUCGUAAGAUCUCUGCCUUCUUUGCUGAAUCAUUGCCAAGUGUUGGAGGGCAAAUCAUCUUGCCCCGAGGAUACUCAGCUAAAGUUGCAGAAUAUGUGCGCUCAGCCGGUGGAGUGUUUGUGGCUGACGAGGUGCAGACAGGUUUUGGACGUUUGGGGAGUCACUUCUGGGGUUUCCAGCAGCAAGGGGAGAAUUUCUGUCCCGACAUAGUGACCAUGGGCAAACCGAUGGGCAAUGGGCAUCCCCUGGCAUGUGUGGCAACUACGGUAGAGAUAGCUGAAGCUUUCACAGCCAACAGAGUGGAGUACUUCAAUACGUUCGGAGGGAACCCAGUGUCCUGUGCAAUUGGCCUGGCAGUCCUUGAUGUGAUAGAGACAGAGGACCUAAGGGGAAACGCCACAAGGGUGGGAGCACAUCUAAAAGAUUUGCUCACAAAGCUACAAACACAACAUCAAAUAAUUGGUGAAGUCAGAGGUGCAGGACUGUUUUUGGGCAUUGAGCUGGUUACAGACAGGGAGAAGAGGACACCUGCCACAAAAACAGCUGCAUUGUUGGUGAAGAGGUUGAAAGAGGAGGACAGAAUCUGUGUCAGUACAGAUGGCCCCUGGGAAAGCGUCUUGAAGUUUAAGCCUCCUAUGUGCUUCAGUAUGGAGGAUGCAGAACUGGUGGUACAAUGUAUUGACCGCAUCCUCACAGACAUUGAAGCCAAUGACCUUAAACUGGAAAAGGAAGACAUCUAAGGUGUCACUUUAAUAGAAUGGGGAGCUGCAGUCACCUCACUGAUGAACCCAGCCAAUUGGAGGUUUAUAUAUUUUAAAAGGUGGUGCAAGCUACAGCACAUUACUACCACCUGGGAGAUGACCAAUAUACAGGAUUAUGCUAAUGCAACACUAAUCAAAGUUUUAUUUUUAAAACUAAUAAAGUUAACACCUUUUAAA